GCCAUCAGACCUAUAUCUCACCAAAAGUCUCCCACAUUUGUCUGUUUGUUUACACGUUUAACUCAUACAGCAACUUAAAAAAAAACCGUGACUCCACGCUUUUACUAGCUCCCACUUAACGUUAACGUUGCUAUAUAAUAAGCUCAUUACAUUUGAGAGUUUCACAAAUCAAAAUAGAGUUGACAGGGAGUGAAGAUAAGAAAAAAGAGAGAAUGGGUAAGAACAACACCAUAAUCCUCUUGCAAUUUGCUGUUCUCGCGAUAGUUUUAACAAUGGUGAAAGAAGCUACAAGCAUUCCCAUUUGCAACAUCGACACAAACGACUUGGAGAAAUGCCGUGCAGCCGUCACUGGAAACAACCCUCCAGCUCCUGGACCGGACUGCUGCGCAGUGGCCAGAUCCGCUAAUCUACAAUUCCUUUGCCCGUACAAGCCUUAUCUCUCCAGUUUCGGGAUUAACCCAUCUAAGGUCAGGCCUCUUCUAGCCAAGUGUGGUAUAAACAGUCCUCCCUCCUGUUUCUCAGGUAAGCAAUCAGAGUAACCGCAGGAUUUUACUGUUCUUUCUGUUAAA